AUGCAUCUGACUCCGGAGCCGCAGAACAGAGUUCGAAGGUCUUAUAUGAGGCGGAGCAGGCCCCGAUUCACUAAUCCUAGACUUUUUCCCAUAAGACCAACGGGAAAAGACAACUUCAGUGAUAUCCCCGAAAGGUUUGAUGCUCGGGAAAGAUGGCCCAACUGCCCGUCACUCUUCCAGAUCGUGGAUCAAGCAGGUUGCGGCUCGUGCUGGGCGCUCUCAACGGCAUCCGCAAUUUCGGAUCGACUUUGUAUCAACACCAAAGGAGCUUUAACGGUGAAUAUCUCAGCUGAGGAUCUCUUGACAUGCUGCAAAACAUGUGGAGCAUCUGAUGGAUGCCUAGGCGGUUGGCCGAUUCGCGGCUUCAGGUUCUUUGCAAGCGACGGUCUCGUAACGGGAGGACCUUUUGGCGAUAAGGUAAAGUUGCAAGAGAUCUGGCAGGAGUGGUUACUAUUUACCGAGCUCGCACAGGGCCAUCCAGAGAGAAAUAAUGAAGCACGGCCCGGUAGUCGCUAUCAUCACAAUCUAUGGCGACUUCUUGCAUUACAAAAGUGGUAUCUAUAG